UAUCCCUCGUACCUAACAAUAUUCAUUUGAUACAGUUUAAAGUUUCGGUAUAUUUGGUAAAUUAGAUUUUAUUUGAUAUACAUAAGGAUACAACAUUUUCGACAAUGGAUAAAGAAAAGACGAACACCUUGAAAACCUCCCCUCAAAUGGAUUCCUUAGAAAAAUUAGCAGUUUCUCUUCCGUCGGCGGCUUUCGGCUUAGUUCCAUGUAGUGAAAAUAGGGACUUCGAUACACGUCUCUUAAAUAAGUUUCAAUCGGGAAGGAAGGGGUUUGGUUUGGUAAAGUCGUCACGUACUCUCUCGGAACCCACUAUACCAACAUCUAAAUCAUUGAAAAGUAUGACAACAUCCAAUUUCGUUUCUCCUACGUUUGCAAGGUAUAUGCCCUACUUUUUGUCAUCUCUCAGCGGUGAUUCAAGCUCGUCGACAACAAUGUCUUCUAUCUCUGUGUCAAAUUUAAGUGAUGAAUCCAGUAGUGUGAGGCUUCCAUUGUCUCCAAGUCAACUGUCCUUACCAGAACCUCCAGAUGGAGGUUGGGGUUGGGUUGUUGUAAUCGCCACGUUUUUUGUACACAUGAUAACCGACGGGGUAAUAGUAUCGUUUGGCGUUUUUAUUGAAUCUCUCGUUGAGGAAUUCCAAGAUUCAAUGAGUGCUACUUCGUGGAUCGGGUCAUUUUCGUAUGGUAUUCCUGCACUCGCCGCCCCUUUGUCUUCGUUUCUGCUUAAUCGCUUUGGAUGUCGAGUGACGUGCAUGGUUGGUGGGCUGAUAAGCGGUCUAGGAUGUUUUGCUGGUGCCUUCACUAAUUCUAUAAUAUCACUGGUCUUUUCGUUUGGCAUUUUAUCUGGUCUGGGUGCAAGUUUGUGCAUCACAUCAGCUCUUGUUGUUGUUUCUAUGUAUUUUGAUAACAGACGAGCUACUGCCACUGGAUUGUCCAUAGCAGGCACAGGUGUUGGUGCGCUUGUAUUUGCUCCAAUGGUAGACAUGCUACUGAAUAUUUAUACGUGGCGAGGGGCUAUGAUGAUACUGUCUGGAUUUUUCCUAAAUAUGAUAGUAUGUGGUGCUCUGAUGCGUCCUGUUGAAACUGACGUCGAAAACGUCAUAGACAACGUCUUGCUUGGUUGGAACACCUAGCUCGCGAGUCGGGCUUACCACCUUUUGAAAGUGCAGACUACUUGGAUAAGGAUGUGCUUGGUCGUAUAAAGUUGCUACGUG